UCAGGUCGAUGUCCGAGUAUCCCGGAUUAUCCCCCGAGGAAAAGCUCCAACGAAGAUGUUCUCGUCGGGCCGGACAGUCACAGCCCUCCGGUUUACACCGUCGGCAAUUCUUUCGCCGAUCAGAUUUCCGCUUCGGCCCCAGGAAGCGUCACCGUCACGGCAACCAUCACCAAAGCCGACGACGAGGGAAGCUGGGUUUCGUCGCCGAAAGACACUGUGUUUCCUGAAACCAUCCCCGAAGAGAGUUCGAGUACCGAAGAGGAGCACGUCGUCAUCUUCAGGUUACCAUCUCUGCACGAAUCCGAUGGGUUCCUUCGUGAUCCUUCCAUCUACACAGUGUUUAAGGCGGAGACGAGUCUCUUCCAGUUGGCGAUGAAGAAAAACGUUUCAGAUACGAAACAAGCGAAGCCCGGUUCGCUGAAGAUGAGUUCUUCCACAGAUAAGGAUUCCAUGGAUAGCAGCAAGCAACCGUCGACGGAUGGAGCCGAAGACUCGAAGAAAUCUUUGACGGGAAGCACUUCAGGUGAUGUUUCUGCAGCAACUUUCCUGGACGUCGCGGUGCUCAGAUGUCUGUUCAUCACGCAUUGGCAGGAGGAAGGAAUUUAUUGGGCCUUGCACUACAUGUACAAUAGAUUGCGAGAUAUAAAUGAAGAGAACGCUAGUCAGCAGCAGCCGAGGCGAAGGAGUAAUUCCCUUCCGAUUCCCAAGAUCGAAGUCUCCAUUUAUCAGAGCACCGAGAGUAAGGCGGAAACAAAAGAUUUCAUCGAAGUGCCAUCAGUGAAAGACGUUUCUUUGUUAGCUGAAUCUCCGUAUACUGCUAAACGUUCUGACGAAUCUCUUCACACUCGUAGGGCGAGCGAGAAGACGAAACGCCGCAUGAAGAUGGCCGAUUUGAAGGCUUUCGUCGAGACGAAACUCUUGUCGAAGUCUGAUAAAGCUUUGGAGAAAAUCGGACAGGAUGAGCCUAAGCUCUUGGGCGAACAAGCGGUGGGUUCCAGGCACUUUAACGAAUAUCAUCGAAGCUUGGAUACUGGUGAUGAGCAUCUGUCGAGGCCGAGUCCGGCGAUGUCCAAGAUGUUCGAGCACACGAAUCUCGUGAAAGGAAAGAGUAUGCCCAGUUUGAGCUGUUUGAUAGAUGAAUUGGCAGCUGGUGGAUUCAUCGGGGAGAUUCACUCGGAGAAGAGACGGACAAGUAAAGCGGUUCCCGGUCAACCGAUGGCCAAUCCCAUCAUCACCGUCACCGAACACACUCCAACUCCAUCACCGGAUUUCCUCAGAAGACAUGGAUCCAUCGACAGUCAAUUGGACGCGAUCAGUUUGACCGGUCCGGGAAAGCUGGGAGCUUGGCAGGAGCGUAAAGCCAGCUUGAAUCGUUCCCAAACUGAUUCUAACAUAACGUAUGCAGCUGAAGACAUCCCCGAAGCUCCUGGAUCUUUCUGUUACAUCACCAAGGAAGGAAACAUCGAUUUACAAGUUGUUCUGAAAGCUGUGCAUUCGGCUGUGCUUAAGGAUCAGAAUUGCUGCACUCUGCGUGUGCUCGAAGUUAUACUGAAUUUGAUUGAACUCUUGAUGGAUUUGGGUGUGAUGAAACAGUUUUUGAGAGACGAAGCUUUAUCUGAAGCGUCGCAAGAUAAGAAGGGUAAAUCGCAGGGAGAGGAUCAAGCGCCUGAAAAUGAGCAAAAAGAGAAUACCAUCACCACUCACAAGUUGAUCAUGAACGUAAUCGUCAGGGUUUUGAAGCACCUGGGUUGUCAGCACGGUUGCACGGAGGGUCAAAGAGGUCCUGCCGCCGAAUUCCUGCGGACGCAAUGCCAGAACAUCCUCGCGAAACUCAGCAGGGCGAGCGGGAAGCAGUUCAAGUCGUUCCUGCGGGAUUACGUCAGAUAUCAGCCUUUACCGGAUAUCUUGGAUCUGUUCCACGCGUACGUCGGUUAUUGUAUAGAUCCGAAUUCGCUACUUUCGCCUCUGAACCAGAAGCGGGGCUCUAGCAAGUCGCCAGACAUUGUUACGCAAGGUGGUUAUGCCACAAACUUUGGCACAGGCCUAGGUGGAGGAGGCAUCCGCGGCGUCGAAGGACAGAUCAUCUCCAGCGUCUUCAAGCCUCUGGUCACCAGAUUCGUCGACUCGUCCAAGGAGAUCAAGGCACCGGAGAACCUAGCCAUGUACUGCGAGAUCCGACAGCUGAUGACUUAUGUGAAGGAAGGCCAUGGCAGCGUCUUCAGGCGAGUCGCUCUAAGCGCCCUCCUCGACACGGCCGAUAAACCAACGAAGAAAGAACCAGCUCUGCAAACCACAAGAGUUAUUAGGCAUUUGCAUCAUUCGGACAUCGACGACGUGGGUGAACUAUCGACGGAUCCCAGUUACCCGAUGGACGAUCGAGGCGUCAGGAAGUUACUCUUCAAGAAGCGAAGCACCUCAUCCACUUGCGCCAGCUUAUUGGAGACUGACGCCGAGGAUCUGAAGAGCAGCCAAAGCCCUUUGAGCAAUCUGCGAAAGAAGCACCACAUCCUAACACCCAGACAAAGCGAACGCGCUCUAGGAAUAACAGAUCCGAUUAUUAUUAAACCAAAGACUAAAUCACGUUUAGGAGGAUUAGUUAAUUGGUUCAAAAGAGGAGACACGACUUCCAUGGACGGAUCCGAUAACCCGGACAGCAACGAGUCGAUCACGGAUUCGAGCUUCAUCCGACAACCUUCCAAAUAUUACCAAAGAAUGCCUGUGAAAAGCAGCAGUUCCGGGAACGUCGGUCAGACUUUGCAGAAAGCCAAGAGGAGGGUGGAAGAUCGCUUCACGAAAUUCGUCUUGAAGAAGGGAAAGAAGAAGGAUGGAAGCAUGGAGGAGAGUCCUGGAAGUUAUUUGAGCAGAAGAAAUUCGAUGGAAUUCGGCGAAUCUUCGAGGGAAUCGGAAUUCGUCGUGUUCAAAGAACGCAAACUGGUGCCGAUUGUACCGCUUUAUAAUGGGGUGUCUAGACUAUCGUUUCUUUUGGAAACUUGUCCACCUGGAAGCGUGCCGGAUGCUCAUCUUCUUGGAGCGGCCUUGGAUUUGCCUCAUUCGUCUGUUGUUGCCAGAGCUGCUUUAAUCUUGGAGUGCUCGUAUUUCGUGCAUUGUUGCAAUAAAGGUCAAUGGCCGACUUGGAUGAAGCUGAGUUUUCCGAUGUUUAGACCUUCUGGACCUUUACCACCUAGAGGACAACCUUCUGGGAUUAGGAGAACGCAUAUAAUGCAGAGAGCUGCAGGAAAGAUGUUUUACCAAUGGGCUGAGAUUCUUGGAGCGCGUUUGGAGGAGUUGAUUAAUGAGGAUAAAGCGAACGCGCCUAAUAUCUCCGCGAUGAUUUUGGAUGAGAAUAAGCAGAAGGAGUUGCUGCUGCAGGAUGAGGAGGAGGAUUUCUUGGAUGAGGCAAGUAUCAAUGCGUAUGGUUCCAGUUGUCCGGUGGCUUUGCGUUAUAUAGCUUGUACGCUCUUGAUGGAAAUCACCUCAUUCCUGCGAGAGACCUACCAGACGCUUCCGAAGUCUUCGCGGAUUGCAGGAAAAGAUCGACCUCCGCCUUGGGAGAAGAUCUACAGCAAGGAAGCGAACAGAAGGUGGAGUAUGGCCUUAUCCUCGAUGGGUCAUUCUCAAGCUUCCGCGCAAAGUCUGCAGUCCAUAGCAGGCGAUAGAGAAUCCGGACAAACCGAGAGGAAGAUCAGCUUCGUCCUGCACGAACCCGACAACGAAUCAGAAGGUAGCAGCAACACUACAGUCACGAUACAGGGAGAAGAUAGCAAGAAGAUGGGUGCGAGGAAUUACCUCCUCCGACGCGGUACUCCCGGCGUUUCCGGUGGUAGCUUCAAGCGUCGCAGUCUGAAGCUGCGCAGGGGUACGAAAGAGGGUAAAGAUAUGGAAACUGAAUGGAAAAUGCCCGACACCGUUAAGCGCACCGAUUCCAUACAAUCCAAGCGAAAGGUCAGCUCCAUCUCGGAUCGGAGUGAUACUUCGGAACCGUGCAUGGCUGGCGAGGCGAGCGGUGAAGAAUCUCCGGGUGUGCUGAGUGAUGAUCAACCGCCGGAGAGUCCGAGCGACAGCAACGAUACAGACGAUACCUCGAAGAAUAUGCCCUGGAUGAAAGUCAUGGUGCAGCUCUCCAACUCGCUGUACUUUUACUGCACGCAUCAGAACUACUGCCAUCCGUACUGCUACAGGAGGGUCAUGAGGGCAUCCACGAGAUUAAUCAAAGCAGUGCGGAAGGUCUACGGCGAAGAGUUCGGCGUUUUAGAGGACAAACUCAAUAUGGAUUUCGAGGAGAAGACUCGCAAGAGCACGAAGAAAGAUAAAAACCAGAGCAGAAAGGUUUCUGAUCAAUUGAGCUCACAAGUCUCUCCAAUUAGAAGGAAAGACAGCAUGGGAAAACGAGACAAAAUCGACAAAAACGUUGACCCGUCCCAAAUCCAUAAGAUGUACAAAGAUUCCUCCAGAGAUUUAGCUGAUGACCCAAACAAGGACAAGAACAAGGAUAAAGACGAGAAAACCAAGGAACCUCCAGCUAUUUUGAAAUACAUUAAAACUCAAGUGAAAACAGCUUUCCACAGCCCUUUGGCGGUAUUGAUCAAAGGCGCUGUUAUUCUGCAUCAAGAAGUUGCGGCUUGUGCCGCUUCCAUUUUUAUUCUUUGCGCUGUUAAAGUCCCUCAACUUGUAGCAGAGUUGAUGCAGCACGAGCUGUCGCAUCCGGAAACGGCGACGCGAAUUAAUUCGAUUUUAAGAUUUCAAGUGCUUUGGAAGUUGCGUUAUCAGGUUUGGCCAAGGAUGGAGGAGAGCGCUCAUUUGCUCUUCAAAGUGCCGCCACCCGGUAUAGAAUUCACGCUUCCAUCGCCGAAGAUCGGUAUAGAAUCUUUGGACGUGGUGGAUUCGCCUUGGGAGUUGUUGGUGAAGACGAAAGUAGAGGAAGUGACCAUCAAUCAGGAAAGACAUAGGUCUUUAGUGACGGCGACGAAAACUCGGAAGAAGCAGCAAACCGAAUUGAUUAAGAUGGCUCUGCAAGCUCAGGAUGAUAAGAAGCGAGAGGAACGCGAGAAUUUCUUGAUAACAACUAUUCCUAUUACUGUGCAAGCUGCACACGAACCCAGCCUUUACCACACCGGAGAAGAGCACGAAGAAGCACCUGCCGACGACGAGCAACCGGAUGCACCUAGAAACACAGGUCAUCACUUGCAUUCGGCUCAUUCCCUAUUCCCAUCCUGUCUUUGCUCAGCUGUUAUCCAAAUUAUAACUUUAUUGGAUGAUGCAGCCGUGUCUGCAGAUGGUUGUGCAGUUUACGAGAUUGCCUAUCAAGUAAUUUGGUGUUGCUUGGUGGAAGACUCCGCUCUAUUUCUGCGUUACAUCUUGGAGCGGCUCACCAGAGAGAAGCAGGAUCAAAUGUUCAAAAUCCUCAGACAUUUGAUCAGAUUCAUCCCGAAAUUGCCGCAGCAAGCCGCCUUCGCUCUUUACAAUUACAUCAUCGGUUACGUCAUGUUCUACGUUCGAAGUCCGCACGAAGAGGGCCAAAAGUUAAUCGGCACGGCCUUAUCCAUUCUAUGGAUGGUCGUGCACAGCGUUCAUGGAAUUAUGUUUAAGGAUUUGAAGCAGAUCCUGAGGAAGGAGCAAUGCGACGCUUCCAUCCUUUUAACGGCAAACGUUCCUUCAGCUAAGAAAAUCAUCGUGCACGGACCACAAGAUCCGGACGCUGGAGGAAUCCCCUCGCAAUUCCCGGUGCAAGAGGACACGCAGUUCUUUCAGAUCCUCAAAGAAUCGUUGGAUUUCUUCGGAAUCGACGAUCGAAAGCACAAGGAGUAUUUCCUUGUUGAUUACAAAACGCAUCAAAUACGUAAUCCUUCUUCGUACGUGAGGGAUUAUUACUUUUUCAAGAGAUCGCAAUACCCGCAAUUGGAGUUGGUUCAUAUGAAGCCGGAGCAAGCGUUCGAUGCUCUGCAAAAGCAAGAGUUGGGUUACAAAUUUGUGGAAAUCGGUAAAGUCUUGUUGACUUGGGCUAUUCUGAAAAACGUGGAUAUGGUCGUGCAACGCGUCGUUUUCCUGCACGAAGAACUGAUGAAGCUUCCAUCGUUCCCAAGGAAAGCGUUGGAAUCUGAUAUAACUUUGUAUCAAGGUGGAGAAAUUGGAAAGAUGCUUUUAGGUUUGGACGUUUUACAUAAAUUCAUGUGGGUGAGAUUGAUAGCCAGGAUGUUCGAGGCUAUGGCCGGAAAUUUCGCGUUUUCCGGUGAUAUACAUCUUUUCUUAAACGUGCUUAACGGUGCAGUUAUUUUACAUUCCGAAGACGCUUGCAUUCUGCGUUACGUGAUGGCGACGUUCAUCAACGCCGCUUUUCAUUUCAAGAACAUUUUCUCGACGAACGGUUACCUUCUCAUUAUUCCGACGCUGCUGAAGAUCUAUUCGAAUCAUCAGACCAAUAAACUGGUCACGACGACUAUAGAGUACGCAGUGAAGCAGUUCUAUUUGAUGAACAGGAAACCUUUCAUUCUGCAGAUGUUCGGGUCGGUUUCGGCUAUGUUGGAUACCGAUGAAGAAGGAACGUACGGGGAUGCUCACAAAAUCCAAUCGAGUUGCCUUUUCAAUUUACUUCUUAGCUUGGAAACGCCGUCUCCGGAUCCUCUGAACAUCGCGGAAUUGGUCAAAGAGGCGAAACCGUUGAAACCGAUAGAUUUUUGCUACCACGAUGAAAACGAAAUGGUCACUAUACUCGAUUGCAUCGCGCUUUGCGUGAUGGUCGUUUCUUACAGUUCGGAAAGUGCCAGAGGAUAUCAAAUGCUGAUUAUCUUGGAAGCUAUACUGCCUUGCUACGUGCAACACAUCCAAUUGCCAACGUACAAUAAGGAAGGUAAAACUGAGAAGGAGAUUAUCAAUCAAUUGGCCGUGGCUAUCAAAACUUUGAUCAACAACAGCGAACCUUUAACUAAGAGUUAUAACGGACCUUACAGAUCUAGUCCCGAGCAUAAAGGUUCGAGUCAAAGAAAUUACGCUCGAGGUCCAUAUUCUCCAGGUUUCGAUUUCGAGGAGGAAUCGCAUUCAAAGUUCUUAAGUGAGCAUUCCAGGGCUAAAGUGGUUUAUGAGCACGACGUCGAGGAUUCGGAGGUGCUUCGAGCCGAAUACCGAAGACCCAGGGAUGUUUUGUUGUCUUUGGUGGGAGAGUUCAUGUGCAGAGCCACGAAUCGUCUGCAGGAGCUCAACAAGAGGAGCAAUCAGGAAGGGAAAAUCAUCGAGCUUUUAGAUAUCCGAUCUCAUAUUCGUUUAGCUGAUAUUGCUCAUAGCUUAUUGAAAGUCUCUCCUUACGAUCCUGAAUCGAUGGGCUGCAGAGGUUUACAGCACUAUAUGAGUUACAUUUUACCAUCGACUGAAUGGGCUAACGAUGCUAUGAGACCUGCGCUAGUCACGAUACUCAGAAGAUUGGAUAAGGUUUUCCAGAAGAUCUCGAAGAAACCUUCGAUUAGAAGGAAUACUGAUUGGGAUGCAGCCGCCGGUCUUCUGAAAGGAAUCUACGAUACGAUGAUGAAGUACCCUUACAUCAUGCAUUGGCAACACGUGAAAGCGUUAAUAAACACGUGUCAGUCUUUGAUUGUUAGUGAGAACUGCGGUGAAGGCGUUCCUUCAGCUACAGCCGCUUUGAUGAAUCAAGCUCCGCCACCGAACUUUUGCUCAACUGUUGUCAGACUCAUAGCUCUUCAGAUCUUGAACACAACUGAUAUGUACAGUUUGGAGCAGGUUUGCGGCGGAAGCUCGACGUUUCCCACACAAGAGAAAACCGAAAAUAUCAUUAUGAAUCUCAUAAUGCCUCUAUGCUUGAGAGUUGGAAGCGGACGUAGAGAUUUGACAAAUAUGCGACAAACUGAUAUAACAUUCUCGUUGACGCUGGUGCUGCACGCCAUGAGUCCUCCAAACACAAAGGGUCCCACUUCCGGUGUGCAGAAUUUGAAGACCGCUACGGAAAAUCGUACAGGAAGUCUAACGUUCACCGGAACCAGAGACACGAAGACUUCCGCUAAAAUAAAAACUUCGCUUUACCAAGUUUCUUUUCUGGCUCUGAAGGUGAUGACCAUCUGCUUCGAAGGUGAAUUGAUCACCGAUUGGAGUCGCAUCGCUAGAACGAUGAGGGAGUUGGGUAAGAGGAACGAAGCAGCUACUUUUCUUUGGGAUUUCUUGGAUUUCGUUGUGACCCAUCGAACUCCUCUGUUCAUCCUGAUGCAGCCGUUCAUCUUCCAGAAGUUGGCGCAACCUCCGAUUUCUGAUUUCGAGCGAAACAUCCACUCGAAGAUCAGGGAUAAGAUUCGUGGUAUAGGAUUACCUCAGCCGCGAAGUCGAGGAGCGCUCCUCGUGGAGUUGGCGCGCGAGAUGAAGGAGCUGAAGGAGGAGCUGGAUGAUACUUCUUCAGAGGAUAGCACGGAGACGGCCAAGAAGACGGAUGAUGGUAAGACGACCAUUCAGAUGACGAGCGAGACGAACCACGGCCGUCACCAGAGGCCUUCCCUCAUCGAGUUCCUGACCGGCGGUGAGUUAGGUGGAAGACACGUCUCGAAGGUGACGCCCAACGAGCGCGGCGACAACGGCCAGCACAAAGCGUCGUUCGUAGAGUCCUCGUCGAGCACCAGCUUUGCGUCCAACCAGGCGAACGUCAGCAUCAGCGAAGGACAGGAGCUGACGCAGAACGAUUCGACCAUCGCGGCAACCGAUCGAUCUCAACACUCAUCAGUUAGCGACGAACAUGCGGUGCCGAUGCACAAAUCCGAUUCUCUUAACUCCCAGCAUAAAUCUCACAAAUUGCGUUUUGUUUCUUCCGUAGAAUUUAGACACUCUUCAGGCGAGACGUCGACGACUCCGCUGAGUCCGGGAAGCCCGGCCGACGAUAGCUCGGGAGAGAUGCAACCCAGUAAAUCCCGGUUGCAGCGUGUAAAACCCCAAAGCCGAAAAACGUUCCGUUUACGGAAGAGUCGCAAGUGCCGCAUGGAGAUGUCCCACUCGAAGCUCGAAAGUGAAGAGCUGCAAUCGCCGCCGCCGGUGAUGAUGACCACGCAGCCCCAGGUGGCUACUCCGCCGAUGGAGCAUCCGAUUCUCGAUCCGCACAGAUUGCGGAUAUCCAUCAGGGGGAAGCAGACGGAAGGGUCGUGGGAUGAGGACAGCGCCAUCUCGCAGACGUCCUCGACUUCCGGGUAUCGCGAAUCGUAUCCGGUCAUGCAUCUUCGCGAAACUCUGGACUCGAGUCCCAAGCCCUUUCCGCCUCUAGCUUCACCAGAUCUUCACGAUCUUCCAUCCACCAGCAGCACGACAACAAAUAACUAUCUUCAAUGCGAUAACAGUUCUCCGGAUUGCUCUUUGAAUGAAAACGGAGAAAAGACGGCUUUGAUCAAAAAAAGCGAGCAACGAUCACCAAGCCAGAAAUCGCUCAUCAUGGUUUUCGAGACACAAGACGAAACCACAUUAAUCUAAUUUAAAGCAAAUAUAUUUCAAUUUUGGCAUGUCUUGGUUCCACAUAAUCCUCAACCUAAUUGGUAUCAAAAUGACAACUGUCAAUUUGUUGGAUUACGAAAAUCGAAAAGGUUGAGAAACCUGAAUCUUGAAAAACUUGUCUACGUACUGAUUAUUAUUGGACUUUAGAAAA